CAAAUCGGUCCCUCCACGCUGUGAUGAAACUGUUGUUAGCUCUUUCCCUUUCACCGACUCAUUCUGAACUCAUAAUCGCAAGCGCACUCAGACACGCAAAGCUGAUUGAACCGGGCGUAUGCAAUUGAAAAAGAUGCCAAAGUCUACCCUUGUUAUCUACAUCUUUCUUGUCGUCAUGUUCAUCAUCUUAUAUCAUCUUCACACAAUGACAAAGUUUUCGCUUAACAUAACGACACCUCGGCAAGUCACGAAACUAGAAAAAUUAUUCAAACUGCGGGAUGAAUUUAGCAUUAUAACUCCUGACAAAACACUUGUAUCAAGAAGUAUUCAAGCUGGUAAUUCUGAUCGCUUCAGACAUGUUCUGAUGAAAGCGUUACGGGGAGAAAACAUCAGCAUGUUGGUGAUCGGAGGCUCUCAUAGCGCGGGAGGAAAACUAGGACUUGACGAGAACAGCCUGGAUGGAUUGUAUUUCAGAGUAUUUCAGAAAUGGUGGAACGAAACCUUUGGUAGUUUUGCAAAAUCCUUUUUGAAUGUAACCGCGCUGACAAUUGGAGGCACGGGGAGCUCUUUCUACGCAUUUUGCUAUAGAACUUUUAUUCCCGAAGGCACGAGCUUCGAUAUAAUGUUGAUAGAAAUGUCAGCUAAUGAUAAAGGACGAGCAACGGCGAAACCACUGGAACAACUGACGAGACAAGCCCUUUCAUAUCCUUCGGCACCUGUGGUCUUCUACAUAAACGUUGUACAUGAUUUCGGAGUUAAUCCGUAUACUAAAAAGGUGGAAAAUCCAUCUUGUGUUACCCUCGAAGACUUUGGCCAAACAGAACUUGCCCGUCAUUACGACAUUACAUCAUUCAAUUUGAGAGAAAUAAUUUGUAGGAAAGAGAAAGGUCAAUGGAAAGUAAUGCACUCAAGCAUGGCAGGCUCAGAUGGUAAGCAUAUUGGCGUCAUGGCCCAUGCUCAGAUUGCUUACAUGAUGACUGAAUAUGUGAAAAACAUUUACCAAGAGAUUGCUUACGACGACACCAGAAUAAAUCCGCUUUCUAUCAAUCAUGUCAGAGGCAAUGACGGAAGCUUCAAUCUCCCGAGCUUAUUUUUUUUAAAGCGGGAAACCGAAGCCUUAAAAGAGCCAUUGUGUUGGACGGGGAAAACGCCGAAUGUAUUUAAGAAGCUUCACCACUCUAAUCUCAAAUUUGAAAUUAAAGAGAAAACUGGCUUUUCGCCAUGUUUCAAACUGUACGGACAAAAAAGGAACGUCAAAAGAGUCGCUAGAGAACUUCGCACUGAUUCCCAAGGGGGGUGGUGUUCCCGGAGACGCUCCAGCGUCCUUAAGCUAAAGAUCUAUGUUCCUCGGAUUGUUGGUGACAAUUCGUUUCGCACUCGGUCAGUGACAGUUUUGACAAGACAUGAAGGUGGUAUUGCUGCAAUAUGGCUAAACAAUUACAAAAACGAAACAAUUGAAACCGAUUCGAUUCGGGUUAGAUCGAAUCGAUACGACACGAUUGAUCGCAAAGUGAAUUCAGGCUACCACACAAUCACAUUUAAAACAUUAUCCAACGGAUUGUUCUUAGUAGCUGGAGUGUUUGUUGGUGCCCCUGACUUUCACAUCAAGUAGACUUGUGUAUCUUUUGUUGAGUAACAUGUAAAGAGAAGUGCACGAUAUUCAUCAUUUUAUGAGUUGUUGUUUAGAUAAACUUACAUACCCCAAAGACACAAGAGGAAUAUUUCCUUUUCUUCUGUAUUCAAAUUUCUGUUACUCUGUUUUCUAUGUGAGAGCCUUUUCAGUUUAUGAUUGCCAUUUUGCGCCCAAUUGAACACUCAGACAUAUAAGUCUGUGCAAGAUAACUAAAAUUAGUAAGGAGUGAAGAGCCUCCUAGGGAGUCAUAAUGGACAGAUCAUUCAGUUUUUAAGGUAUAAAAAAUUCUUCUCAAUUUCUUCGGAUUCAGUUCAUCUGUGAGGAUUAUUUAUUAAUUUUUCAUCAUCCACGGCUCAAACGUGGUUUUCAAUUCAUUUAUUUGAACCAUUUGACUGUU